UACACUUCCGGUUGAAAACAAAUUUCGUAAAUUGUCUACAUUUUCUCAAAUAUCAGUCAUAGGGUAGAGUUGUAUCCAGUAAUAUGCUGUUAAGUUGUAAUUCUAUAUAUACUAGAUUACAUAGUUAAACAAGGAGCUACUUUGUGUCGUUAAUACAACUCCAUCACUAAUGUGAACUGAUUACCAAUAACAGUGGUGUGAAAAACAAUUAUAGAAACUAUCUAAAACUAUAAUUGUUUAGAACAUAUCCCCAGAAACAGACAUCAUGUCAGCUGCUGCUGGUUCAAGUAAAAGUGCAUUCGCAGCGGAGAUGAAGAAACAAGAAAGGAUGAAUAAACUAAAGGAGCUACAGAUGAAGAGGAAUCAAGCCAGGAAGCUGAACCACCAAGAAGUUGUUGAAGAGGACCAAAGAAAUAAACUCCCUGCCAACUGGGACCAAAAACGGCGACGUCUUGAAUGGGAGUCAGAUGAAGCAAAGCUUAAAGCGGAGUGUAAAGAACAGGGAAAAGAUUUCGACAGGGUCCGACUUCGUGAGGUUGGAGCCGAUGAUGCAGAGAAAUGGGAGAAAAAGAAAAAGAAGAAGAAUCCUGACCAAGGAUUCUCAGAUUAUGAAGCUGCCACUUUUAGGCAAUACCAGGGACUAACCAAGCAAAUAAAGCCAGAUAAGGAUGAGUACACACGUGAAAAAGAAAAACUUGGAGAAGCAUUUUACCCUGGUGUUGAUACUAUGGGUGUUGCGAAAGGAGGUCACAAAGACUCAGAGGAGGCCAUUGAUAAACUUGUCACUGAUAUUGACAAACAACAAGCUAAGAGGGCCAAAUUUAGCCGUCGUAGAGCACAUGAUGAAGAUGAUGAUAUUGAUUAUAUCAAUGAGAGAAACAUGAAAUUCAACAAGAAACUUGAAAGAUUCUAUGGCAGUCAUACUGCAGAGAUCAAACAGAAUCUGGAACGAGGGACUGCUGUAUAAUUGAACUCCUCAUUAAAAACUACAUGCACAGUUAAACUUGUCUAUUAAGUGAAACACCAUUGGUACCUCUAAAAAGUGUUCUACUUGGGAGGUGUUCCACUUAAAGAGAUUCAUUUAACAUUAAGUAAGUUGGUUUUGGGACUCUA